AUGGGGUUCGCGUGGUGGCAGAUCAUGUACGGCUACAAGACGCCCGAGUUCUGGGUGAGGUUAGCGCCCGGCACAGGCGUCGAGGGGCUCGAGAGGGGCCCCGGCGCGGCGGCCGCGCCCGUCUUCAACGUCACCCUCCGCGUCGACAACGAAGCCACGCGCCGGCCGUUCUGCGCCGGCCGGGCCAGCGCGGCGGUGGCGUACGCCGGCGUGCAGCUGGGGCACGCCGACCUCCCGGGCGGGUUCUGCGUGCCUGGGCAGGCGCUCAGCUCCGUGCCAAUCGUCGCUACCAGCGACGGGGUAGGGGUACCCGGCGAGCUGUACGAGCGCAUGGAGAGCCAGCGGCGGCGGCGCGAGCGCGUGUCGUUGGAGGUGCAGGUGAGGCUGGACGAUUGCUUCGGUCGACUGCCUAAGAUGCUAUGGUGCACGGCUGUGCUACAUGGCCGACCAAAGGGCCCAUUCCUUUGCAACUACUCCCGUAUGCUUAAGGAUGGCGAACCUCGUCCACGUAACCCUAUAUUUUACUACGGAACUAUGUAUUAUUAAUACAGUAGAUUUUAGUUCUAGAAAAUUUCUCUUACCUACUAUACGAUUUUUUUCAUGUGUUUAAAUAUUUUUGGGUCUUUUAUUAAUUAUCCAUAGGUUAUAAAUGGUUAGGUUGCAUGGUGUGCCUUUUGAGUGAAGAGAUGCAAUUUAUACUCUUGAUGAAUCAUCCAAAUGCUAAAAACAAUUGAGUUGAUGUGAAAAGAUGCAAUUUGUACCCUUGAUGUAUCAUCCUAGGGCUAAAAACAGUUAAGGUGAUGAGAUGCA